GCAGGCCAACUCAUCUUCACUGUGUCUUACUCUCGUCACUGGCACGUGGCAGCCGUUCUCCAUCGUGCAGAACAACGCGCCUCCCUACCAAGUGACAGGCAGCGCCAAGGAAGUGGUGGACAUCCUGGCGAAGCAGUUGGGUUUCUGCUACAGGCUGGUGAGGGCCUCGGACACGGACUGGGGAUCGAGCUGCCCAACGGAUCGUGGACGGGAUCACUGGGCAUGCUGAACAGAUGGGAGGCGGAUAUGUCAUCGUCCCUGUAUACGGUGUCCCAGGCCAGGAGCCGCGCCGUGGCCUUCAGCUAUCCCUUCACCGUGGACCAGUUUUCCUUCGGCUACGUGCGACCCGUCUUGAGGUCUGACGAGACGGGGUUCAUCAAGCCCUUGUCUCUUUCCGUCUGGGGACUACACCUAGCGGCGCUGGUGGUGGUGUUCAUAGCCACCUGCAUGAUCCACCUGUGCCACUCGUAUAUCCAGGAUACUCGGGAAGGAGAUGACGAGGGUAAAGGCUCCUCCCCUUGGUGGCGUCGGUGGUGGGCAGGAGUGACCACCAGCAGGGAGCUAUCUGGGCGCUGGGUGUACUCCGCUAUGCUGACUCAGUCGGUCCCGUGGAUACCUAUGGGAGAUGGGGUGCGCAUGGUAGCUGGGGUCUGGCUCCUCACUGCUUACAUCGUCACCGCCGUUUACCGCUCCAACCUGGUGGCCACGUUGGUGCUGCCCAAACUGCAACUCCCCUUUGACAGCCUGGAGGAGCUGGGCAGGUCUCACAUCACUACCUGGGUCCCUAUGGGCAGCCGCGUUCAACAGGCAAUCAUGACAUCACCACCGGACAGUCCCAUGGGUCAACUGAUGGAGCAGCUGUACGUAGGUCCCAGCAUCCCUGAGGGCGUGAUGGGCAUGUACAACGGCACCUGGGCCUACACUACCAUCACUCGCACCCUACACUACUUCCUUGACGCACACUUCGCUCAGGUGGGUUCGUGCAAUUUGUACAUUGCCUCGAGCGGCUUCUUCGGCGCCUCCAGUCUCAGCUUCGCUUUUCCUCCAGGCUCUCCACUCAAGGCUGAAGUGGACCGCAUUAUCCUCCGUCUGCACGACUUUGGCCUGAUCGAGCACCUGCUUCAGGAUCAGGUAAGGAAUUCCAGCGAGUGCCUCAAACCUGUGGGCUCCUCCCUCAGCCGGGCCGAGCGACCACUCAGCGUCAGCGACUACUUCGGGGUGCUGUAUGUCUUCGUGGCAGGCGUGAGCCUCAGCAUGGCGGUGUUGGCGGGUGAAGUGAUGGUAGCAUUAGUGAGGCGACGUCAAUUUGAGCAUGAUGGUUAGUCACCCCACAUCUGCCAACGCUUGACAUUGAACGAUUACCGACGACCAAUUAUUCAUACCACCCACUGUUCGUCCAACGAUUCUCUAGUUUUCUUCUUUGGUUCAAAUCUACCAACAUUGAAACCCUUCGUCAAUGCUUAUGAUACUUUUUUUCUUGACAAUAUACUUUUUUACUCUGAUUUCUUCCUCUUAGUAGAGUCAUGGUAGACGUUGAUUAAUCUGCCGCAUUCACUUUCAGUGUGUUUUUGUGUUUUUUCCCUCAGUAUUAACUCUGCUGGUCUCUUCUUUCAAACCUGACAAAUAGUCAGAUCCGAAGACUUCACACAGUGGAAGUUCGUGUGGCAAGUUAAUCGACUACACUGAUUGUACUUGCUCAGUUACUUUCAUGCUUAUUAUUAUUAUUAUUAUUAUUAUUAUUAUAAUGAGUAAAAUUAUCAUAAAAAUAUAAUGUGACUUAAGUAGGCAACUGAUUGUUAAUUAA